AUGCCUCGAGCUGAACCAACCAGAAAAACUCUCUCCGAUUACAGGAAAACUCUCCAGGAUCUAAAAAAUUCCUAUGAAGCAAGUGAAGAGCCUGAGAAACAACAGUUAUGGGAGAUUAUCAAGGAUGAAUUGCAGGACAUCCUGAAGAAAUACUCUUUAAACUUCUCAAAAGAACAAAUGAAGAUCUUCAAUGACCCCAUUCAUGGACACAUGGAGCUGCACCCCCUGCUGGUGAAGAUCAUUGACACUCCUCAGUUUCAGAGACUCAGACACAUCAAACAGCUGGGAGGAACAUAUCUGGUGUAUCCGGGUGCUUCUCACAAUCGCUUUGAACACUCGCUUGGUGUGGCACAUUUAGCAGGACGUCUGGUAAAAGUUCUUCACAACAAUCAGCCAGAGCUCAAAAUUACCAAACAGGAUUUCCUGUGUGUUCAGAUCGCUGGUCUGUGUCACGACUUGGGUCAUGGUCCGUUUUCUCAUGUAUUUGAUGGUCUGGUUAUUCCAGGAGCCAAAAAAAUAAAAAAAUUAAGAGGGCUGCAUGAUGACAUCCCUGAAAACUGGAAGCAUGAGCAGAUGUCAGUCCAGAUGUUCGAUGACAUUGUGAGGAGUCUGAAGGCUGAGAAUGAAGAUGUGAUGAAAGAACAUGGACUGGAUGAUAGAGACAUCACCUUCAUUAAAGAGUUAAUCGAAGGGGCAAAAACCUCAGAGUGGAGAUACGAGGGCAGAGAUGAAGACAAAUCCUUCCUGUAUGAGAUUGUAGCAAAUAAACAGAAUGGCAUCGAUGUGGACAAAUGGGACUAUUUUGCACGAGACUGUCAUCACCUGGGCAUUCGAAACAGUUUUGACCAUCAACGUCUGCUGAAAUUUGCACGAGUCUGUGAAGUGAACAAAAGAAAUCACAUCUGCUUCAGAGACAAGGAGGCUGAUAAUGUUUAUGACAUGUUUCGCACUCGAUACACUCUCCAUCGCCAGGCCUAUCAGCACAAAAUCUGCAACAUCAUUGAAGACAUGUUUGCAGAAGCACUUGUUCAAGCUGAUCGUGAUCUUCAUGAAGGAAAACCUGAAGAUAUGCUGAAGAUUUCUGAAGCCAUAAAGACAGCAGAGGACUACAGCAAACUCACAGAUGAGAUCUUUGAGCAGAUAUCGUCCUCCACUUCUGAUAAUCUGAAGAAAUCCAGAGACAUCUUGAACAAGAUCAUCAGAAGAAAACUGCCAAAGUUUGUUGGAGAAGCUCGUCUGACUGAGAACAGCAUGUCAAAGGUUAGACAGAAGUGA